CAUGAUAAACAGGACAAAAUUGAAAAUAUUAAAAUAUUUAACAAUCGAGAGAAGUAAUAGAUAUUACACUACUGUACUAAUUUCCGAUUAUAAUUUAUUUAAUUUUAGACUGUUUAUUAACUGUUUAAUAAUUUACAGCUUAUAGUGCAUAUUUUGACCAUAAUUUAAAACAACAGUAUGGCUAAGUGGCAGUUAGAGGUGUUACGAAUGGGUAUUUAUAUGGCAUUUCCUGUUGUCUUAUUCCAUUACUUCAAUUUACCUGAAAAUUAUGAAGAAAAAGUAAUACAAUUUAAGAGGGAGAUGUUUCCACCUGAAAGACCAGAACCUCAACAAAAAAUUGCUGAACUAAAAAGGAUAUUUCAAGAACGAAAAGAAGCAGAAUUAAAAAAAGUUUUUGAAGAAUAAAAUAUGAAAUAAUUAUUGCACUUAUUGUUAUAAAUUAUCACGUUUUGUAUAUAUUGUUUUAAAAUAUAGUUUUGUUAAAAAAAAAAUUAUAAUUAGACAGUUUUGUAUUAAUAUAAAAAUAAAACUAAGAAUUGCUUAUUUA